GUCAGAAAAACAAGAAAAGCAAGUGUCAUCAUCAACCAUUAUAAUCUGCAAAUGCAACCACAAAACAAGUAAUAGGAAGAACAACAAUGAAGAAGUGGACAACUGAGCUGAGCUCAACUCAUUAAUGGGGUUCUGAAAUCACCAAUCUUCAACAACAAAAAAGGACUCAUCAGACAGAUUAUUUGCACGAAUUCCAUCACUGAGAAUCUUGUUUUGAAUUACUUGUGCUUGCUUACAUGGGUUGCUUUUGCUCGAAGAAAGUUCGACGCAAAUCUGGGGCCGAAAAGCCUUUCGAUCUUGCCUCUGAAACACUUUUUUCAGUGAAUGAAGUAGAAGCUUUAUAUGAUCUGUUCAAGAAGUUAAGCAGUUCCAUAAUUGAUGAUGGCUUGAUUCACAAGGAAGAAUUUCAGCUUGCACUCUUUAAAAACAGUAGUAAGCGGAGUCUCUUUGCGGAUAGGGUGUUCGAUUUAUUCGAUAACAAACGUAAUGGGGUGAUUGAAUUCGGGGAGUUUGUCCGGUCUUUAAGUAUCUUCCAUCCUAAUGCACCCGAAGCCGAUAAAAUUGCAUUCUUAUUUAGGCUAUACGACCUGCGACAAACUGGUUGCAUCGAGCGUGAAGAGCUGAAAGAGAUGGUAAUAGCUCUGCUCGGUGAAAAGGGUCUGUCACUUUCCGAUGAUGCGGAAUCGAUUGUGGGAAAGACAAUGAUGGAAGCCGAUACGAAAAGAGAUGGGAAGAUCGAUGAAGAAGAAUGGAGGGAGUUCGUGAGAAAGAAUCCGUCGAUCAUAAAGAUCAUGACACUUUCAUGUUUGAGGGAAAUAACUGUUCAAUUUCCCAGCUUUGUAAUGAACACCGAAGUCCCGGAUUAGGAGCAACUGAUAAAGAUGACAGACUUGAAUCCAUUAUUUCUUCUGCAACUUAUGGAUACCCUCACUUUUCCAUGCAGGAUUCGAUCAAAUGUUUUUCAUGUUGAACUUGUAUAUCUAUGAUUCACAUUGGCAGAGAUUACAGAAACCGAUGGAAACUCGAUCCGGACAAUCGAAAGAAUUUAUACAAUUGUCUCAUAUUGAAGUAAUCUUUUUUAC